AAGUCAUAGUAUUCCCAGAAAGAAAUGUGAUUACAACAGAAAUAAGGAAAAUAAUUGAAAUAAUACAGCAAGGCGAGAGGACGAUUGCGCAUCUCGCCGCUCACUUGUCCUUCUCCAGUUGGACCUUGCUGAAAGCGACAGGUAACCACUUCAAAACACCAUCAUGCAGAACGACGCUGGUGAAUACGUUGACCUGUACGUGCCCCGCAAGUGCUCGGCAUCCAACCGCAUCAUCUAUGCCAAGGACCAUGCCUCCAUCCAGAUCAACUUUGCCGAGGUUGAUGAAACCACUGGCCGCAUGACUGGACAGUACAAGACCUAUGCCAUCUGCGGAGACAUCAGGAAGAUGGGUGAAUCUGAUGACUGUCUUGCUCGCUUGGCUAAGAAGGAUGGCAUCUUACCUAAGAACUAUUGAGGAUAAUAAAGUAAAGUAAAGAG